GGGCGCCCUGGAGAAGAAGCAAACCCGGGGUAAAAGGGUACACCGAUCACUUUCUCAGCACCUCACGGCCGCAAAUGGAAGCGCACGUAGCUGCGAGUGAUACCGCCGUGAUCGCGAAGUUGCGCUGCGUUGCUACAUACCAAUCUCGUUGGGGUCGGUUCAAUUUUAACGGAGCGCCAAGCGCCUCAAGCCGCCAGAGAGCCGCGGCGGGACCGGCGGCCCGCCUGCCUGCCAGCGGCGGCCCGGGCGGGCGGCGCGCUGGCUGCCAGCUCGGCGCGCGGCGGCCGCUCGCGGCCCACAGAGCAUGCGCAUUUGCCUGCUUCCCCCACUCUCGCCCCACCGCGCCGCGCCGCGCCGCGCCGCGCCGCGCCCAUCCCGUCCCUCAUGCUCGGACCACAACAAUCUUCAAUGUCGGUUGUGUUUUCUGUAAAUUAGCUCGUAUUUUAAUCCUUCUGCGAAUGGUCCUGCUUCAAAAAUGGGGAGAGUUGCGUCUAGGAAAAAGCUUUCGAGAAGGAAAGGUGAUACGUAUAGGACGCCUAAAACGUCCAAAAUAAAUUCUGAGGAAUCUCAACAUGUUGUACCAGACUCGUCACCAUCAGCAGACCUGCUACAUGAUUCUGAGCCAGUAUUUGAGUCAAUUGAAGAUGAACAGGCCAGUGAGAACAAACCUCCCAAUAUCUCCAUUGACAAUUCAAAAAAGGAGGUGUGCUUUGAGUCAGUAAAAAUAGAUCAUGUUUAUGCUUCUCCAAUUGGAUCCAAGCCCAAAUUUGAAGGCAGAGCAUCUGUUCCUGAACCUGCUGUCCUAAAUGAAGAGCUUUUGUUAGAGAUCAAGCACAAAAUUGAAUUGUUUUUGCCACACCGAUGGCUGUGUCUUCAAGCAGAUAAUGACAAUGUAAUUAGAGUAGUAUUGAUUUCUGCUCAGAAUAAUGUGUCCAUUCAGCGUAGUUUAGAAUUUACUCAUAAUGGUGACGUGAAUUUCUUUGUUCAUUGUAACCCCUUGAGCAUUGAUCCGUACUUAACUGGCACCUUACCACCUUUACCGUUGGAUGGCAGUACUGUGGAUUACUUUGUAGAUCGAGUUAUAACCAUUGUGAAUAAUGUUCGUAAAAUGGAAAUUUGUCCUGGAUAUGAUGAUGAGAAAUACCAGGUGGCUUGGCCUACUUGCCCCUAUGGUGAGAAAGAUAGUAACCCUUAUAGAGAGUGUAGAUACUCAGAAACUUUUAGGUCUCAUGCCUGUCUUAGACUAGUUAGUAACAAAAAGUGGCGUUGCUCAGAGUGUUCUAAGCUAGGUAAACCGCUGAAGAGGAGGACUGCAGCAGCUGCUAUGGAAACCCGUAAGGCCAACACUGCCAACAAAUUUCUGACUGAAAGUCAAAUGUUAAACAAGUUACAAGAACAGCGACAAGAGCUUGAAAAGGCAAGGAAAAGGAUUGGUCGUCUUCACUCUAAAAUGGAAGUUUUGAUCAAGAAAGAAGGCGUUAAAGUGGAACAAUCAAUGUCAGAUGCACUUAGUGAAAUAUUGAAUGAUAGUAAAAUGACUCCAGCUCAGUCUAUAUUCAUGCAGCAGCAAAUUAAAGCUUCUCAAGUAGAAAAGUCUUCCAGCAUGAGAUGGCAUCCAACUAUGUUGAGAUUAGCACUGGCUAUCCAUUUAACAUCACCUUCAGCCUAUGAACUACUUCGUGACACGGGAAUGGUGAAACUUCCCUCAUCCCGUACAUUAUUUGAAUAUUCUCAUGCCAACCGCAUCAAAGAGGGCAUUGAUGCUGUAGUUAUUGAGAAAUUAUCUGCUAGAGUGACAAAGUUAUGUGAAGAAAUUAAUCCUACCACAAAAUUACCAGAGAAGCACAAAAAAUAUCACAUUUUGAUGGCUGAUGAAAUGUAUAUUUCACAAAAUCUGGUCUUCCAAAAAUUUUCUGGUAAAUUAUUGGGCUUUACCUCCUUGGAUGACAUUGAUUCUGAAAUCAGGAACCUGGAAGGUCACCUGGACAACCCUGAAAAAGAGUUGGACCCAGUGAUGGCCUCCAAAAUAAUGGUGUACAUGGUCAAAGGUGUCAGUAAUGGUCAGAAGGAAGUUGUUGCUACUUAUGCCUCUGCUAACUUGUCAGCCACACAAAUGUAUGCAUGGACAUGGAAAGUAAUAGGAGCGCUGGAAAGAAGUGGUAUUGCUGUUGUUGCUUUUGUGUGCGAUGGAUCUUCUACUAACAGAGCAUUUAUUAAAAAACAUAAGGCAUGUGAUACAGAUCAAGAUCCAAAUGAUAUUGUUUAUUGUACUUGGAACAAGUGUGCAAGAGGAAGAAAACUAUUUUUCAUUUCUGAUGUGCCCCAUUUGCUCAAGACCAUCAGGAACUGUAUGUUGAAUUCAAGAUGGGACAAGUUGAAAAGCCGGAGAAGGAUGGUGAAAAAUGGGAAGAGAAUUAGUUGGGAUUUUACUAUAUAACCUAAAGCAGGGCAAAACUCUAAGAAAAUCAUACAAGCUUAAUGCUAUGAAUGUUUACCCUGACAGUUAUGCACGUAUGAAGGUCAAGUUUGCCGCAGAAGUUCUCAGUAAAACAGUGU